AUGCGCAAAGCCAAGGUCUUCAGCCACGAGACCGUCAUGCCACGCAUGUCGUGGUCCGCUCGCAACCUCUACAACACCAUCGCCCGCUCCACCGUCCCCUUCCACGCCUCCCAAACCUCCUUCACCAAGACCUCGCUCACCAUGUAUCAGCAACGAUGGCGAUCCAAACGUUUCCUCCGAGCAUAUCACGGCGACUGGAUCCCUGAGAAACGCUUCAAGAGGUGGUUCCUUCCCACCGAUCUGCCGAGUUUCGUCCCACCUCAGGUAUCCGCUGCUUCCACUUCUGCCUCGGGUCCUAGACGAGGUGGCCUCUUUGAUAAAGCUCUCAAAGCCAGAAGAGAUAUCACUCCGGAAUCAAGCGCGAAAGAGGCGGGCUCGGGGUACUCGACGGUGACACAGCAAAAAGUAGUGGAGGAGAUGGACCAGAUGCCCACGGCUUCGUUGUUCAUGAGGGAUGUGGAGAGGAGGUUGGAUGUCGUCGUUUUCCGAUCUUGUUUUGCUAGGUCGGCGUACGAGUCGAGGAGCAUGGUGGUUCAGGGAAAGGUCAAGCUGAAUGGGGUCAAGUGCAGCAACCCGAAUCAGCUGCUUCAGCCCGGCGAUCUGAUCAGUGUCGAACCAAGCGCGGUACCCAUGCUGAGCGAGGAGGCCGCCAAGAAGGCAAAGGCGCAGAUGGUCAACGACCAAGUCACGGGCGAGGAGGAUGCUACCAAAGCUGCUCAGAGCGAGACUGAGGAAGUCAAGGAAGACCAGGCCGACGCAGAUGCAGCCGAGUCCAAGGACCCCGCCUCUGCCGACGCAUCACCAGCUUCCGACGCAUCCACAUCAGAAUCCACCUCCGAAGCUCAACCCUCCUCCUCAUCCUCCGCCUCCAAAGGCAAAUCCCGCGACAAAACCCUUCCCCCUGGCGUCCACCCCUUCACACUCCCCGACUACGCCGCCCCGUUCCUCUUCAUCCCCCCCUACCUCGAAGUAUCCUUCACCACCUGCUCCACCAUCUACGUCCGUCACCCGACCAUCGUCCCGCACCGCACCUUCUCAGACGGCAAACCACGCUGGACGUUCCGCACCGAUCUUCCCUCUCCGUACCCCGCCGGCGGAGAACUCUACUCGAUGGCCUGGGAACACUACACGCGCAACGCACCCCGAACACGUGCCGAUGCGAGACGCAUCAAGCUCGAGGCGAAAGUGGGUAGAAACGGGUUCGAGACCGAACGUGCAAAGGAUCAGAACAUGAAGAGGAGCGCGUUGAGGAGGGGUUGGGGUAGGACCAAGAGCGUCGAAGGUUGGAGGAGACAUUUGGCUGCUGCGCAGGCGAGGGAUGCGGCUGGGAAGAAGGACGGUGAUAAGAAGGCGAGGGUUGUCGCUUAG